AUGUUCAGGCAUUCGUCUUCCCUUUCUCGGCUUUUCUUCUUUCUCUUGGCAGCGGUCGCGUCUGCCACCAAUAGCAUGAGCCACAAUGCAGCCAAUAGUCCCAGCAGCCCCAAUGGACCGUCUUUGGACUACAUGUACAGACCCAUCACAACCAGCGAAAUCCCCAUGGCUUGUUUCAACGAACACUACGAGCUCAACUUGGUCGUCUUUCAGGAGCGCCUUUUCUUUGCUGCUUUACCUCUCGCCACUUCGAGUUGUCCUCCCAUUGUGACCUUGGCUGGCUUUCGCCACACUGACCAUGCCACAUAUCUGGGUACCAUUGUUGGGGUCGAGCUCGUGCGAAGCACAGGGACAUUUAUAGGAUUCCAGGACUUGCAUUCGUUACGAAUCGCCUACACCAAUGCGUUGGCUACCACUCACCCAGUAAUGCACGGGCAGUUGACGGAAGAGGGUAACUGCACCAUCUUUGUCUUCAGCCUGUUGCAUCAUCUUGGAUACGAAGUUACCCGGGAAAUUGCAGAAUUGGUUGUGAUGGCCCUCCUACCUGAAGCCCACACCUUGAUGAUUGCUCGAGCACACCAGCAACACGAUGGCAGCGGCAAUGAUGGAGGCAGAAAGAUCCUCCGUCGCGGUCUGCGUGCCUUGACCGAGGAAGCAGAAACCAACAAUGUUACCCAUGAGUUGGUGGUACAGGUGGUCAGACACAAUGUGCAUAGCUGUUCCGCUGUUUGA